AUGCACACGAGUCCCAGUGUCAAAUCCGGGCCAGCAUUCAGCUGGGUUGCAGACGACGACCUGCCUCCAGACUCGAAACCUUCCAUGCGGUCCCCUCUACCUGUGGAGCACUUUAACAAUGUCCACGUUUCUCAAUCCAAACGCCAGGAAUACAAAGACUUGGUGCGUCAGCGUGUGAGCUCCAUGCUAGCAGAUGAACAUCGCUACAUGGAGCGACGAGCGCAACAACAUCCAGUGGUGCAGCACACGGAGUGGAAGCUUCUUCGCCGCAUAAGAGACUUCAAAGUGUACAAGCGAAGAUUUCAGGGUCGAUCACGACAAGAUGUAGCAGCGGAGGAGGAGUUGCCGGAAGUGGCAAUUGCGGUGGAACGGGGCAACCCAGUUAUGCUAGUGGACGGGAUGGUGAGCGGCACCAUUGAGGACAUGCUCUACGGGAUGAGUGCCACGACACAGGAAGAGAUGAUGACCGGAUUUUCAAUCACAGCUUCGCCAGAAGACGCAGCGCUACUUAGUAUCAUUGAACACUCGACAGUCGAGGAUCCCUUGCGCUCAGCGGAGCUGCUGUGGGUGCUUAGUAAAUUCCCAAUCCUGAAUUCAAGAGAUGUAUGUUUCUUGAAAGCUACGGGAGUGGGGAGAGACGGAAAGGGAGUACCAUACGGCUAUAUGGUGCUGCAUUCAGUGGAUGUACCAGAGUGUCCUCCAUUUGACUACCGCAAGACGAAAAUUCUUCGUGCCAAGAUGUUCUUUUCGUUCUUGUUUCGAGAAAGCAGUCCAGGGUCUCUGAAUGUAAUCGGACGCGGCAUCUUCGACUUGGCUGGUGGAGAGAUGCUAAAGCUCGUCCUGCCACAUGCGACUGCACUCAUCAUCGAUGGACUUUUGAAAAGCUCGAGUUGUGGCGAAGCGAAGAAGCUGACGCUGCUGGCAUGUCAAAACUCUGAUGAGCGCAGAAAGCUCAAAGCGCUCUCAAAAAAGAGCGUUUGUUCCAUGUGCAUUCGUGGCAACGGACGUGUAUUGCCAGGAACUCGUUUGCGUUUGUGCGAAGUCUGUGGUGUUCCUAUCUGUAAGAGCUGCACGAUCAAAAACAAGCGCAUGUUUACGGGGACGAGAAAGCCAUGGCAUGAAGCCACAUGUUGUGCAACAUGCUCACAGCAGGCAAAGAGAAUUACAGGUGUACGUCUUGGAGAUCCUGACUUUCUUGUUGUGGCCGAAUUCUACAGUAAUAAAAGCCAUAUUCCAUCUUCGUCGUCUCUAAGUUGCUCAGCAGUGGCAGUAAAACUUGCGACGCCUUCACCGGAAGCUUCGACAAAACAAGACAUGGUAGACUACUCACCAGCUCAUAGCAUUGAAGAAGGAAAGCAUGACGCUGCUAAGACAACCUCGUCAAUAGUAGUCACCAACUCUACAAUUGAUGAUAGUUGUGCCGAUUUCGACUUCAAUGUGAGCUUCUCCAGCACGCUGAGUGGCGUGAAUUCGGGUGAAUGUAGACUUCACUCUAGCGCUUACUUUCAUCGUAAUGUCGAUCUGGUCGAGAAACUUGAGCCACGUACUGGAGUGUCGGUCGAUUUACUGAAGGAGUAUGCGGAACUUGGUGAUUUUACGGAGGAGAAAGUCUCAAGUGGGGUGCAAGCUUGGAACGAAAGCUACACAGUUGACGUUGACAAGUUUACGAAGGAAGGUUGUACUGUUGAUACUGACGAUUCCUUAAAGCCCUCUCGACCUACCAACAUGGUCGAGUGGAUGAUGGAGCUCCAAACGUCGGCCGAGCAAGCAUUCAUUACGGCAAAAGCAAACGAAGAGAUCAUGAAGAAGGCCAUGCGAUAG